CGACAACUUGCCAUCAGCGUCUGGGAAUCUCAACUGCAGCAGUGCGCCCAGACUACCCAGGAUCGUAAGAUGGCUCUCAGCAUCUCAAAAGCGAUCUACAACGACGGUGUGGCCCUCGCCGUGGCAGCCCAGGAAGAGAACAGAGCCCUGGCAGAUAGGAUGACCGCAGUACGCAUGGCAGGCCAGCCCCAGCUCGCUCAGCAACAGCCCCUGCAGCGUCUCGCGGCGGAAAUGGCCCACCAGGCGACCAGAGCGCUCGAGUCCCGGUACGCCACGAACCGUCCGGACGACGCGAUGUCCCUCGACGGUGCCUCGGUAAGCUGUACGGCGGAGAGCUCCAAGGACGCAGCGAGACGUCAUCUCAAAAACGAGCCGAUGUCGGAAUGCGUUGCGUGCGUGGAUUCCUUCCCUCACUCUGACAUGAUCGAGGCCCCAUGCGCGCACCUUUACUGUCGAAACUGCACCACCAAACUGAUCGAGGACUCUCUCGUCGACGAGUCGCUCUUCCCUCCCCGUUGCUGCCGAUUGCAUAUUCCUUUGUCGUCCGUGCGUGCUUCCCUGGGCCAUGAUAUUGCUAGACGGUUCGAGGCGAAGUCGAUCGAACGCGAAGACCCGUAUAGAACCUACUGCUCCAACGCCGCGUGCGCCAAAUAUCUCAUGCCUUACGAGGUGUAUGGAUAUAUCGGCUCAUGCAGACAUUGCCAGCGACAGACCUGUACUUUGUGCAAGCGACGGGUUCAUCCCGGUACUCCGUGCGUCGACGAGCACGGCGAAGUCUUGAAUCUUGCGAGAGAGCAGGGAUGGCAGCGAUGUGCAAGAUGCCGCAACCUCAUCGAGCUGGGAAUUGGCUGCAACCACAUCACGUGCCGCUGUCGAUAUGAGUUCUGUUACGUUUGCGGGGUGGAGUGGAAAGAUUGCACGUGCGAGCUGUGGGACGAGGAGAGGCUGUUGCUGCGUGCCCAGCAGGUUGCCGGUCGGGACCAGGUCGAGCCUCCUGCUCAGGUCGAAGUGGCGCGAGUCGCCCAGAACCUGCUCGAGCGACACGAGUGCGAUCACAACGGCCGCUGGAAGCGCAUCGAUCAGGGACAGCAGUGCGAGGAGUGUCACGACUACCUUCCCGAUUUCAUCCUCGAAUGUCGCCAGUGCCACCUACGCGCGUGUGCUCGUUGCAGGAUGAACCGUCUUUGAUCGACGUGACCCAUCUUCGUUGCACCUUGUGACAUUUUAAAUUGAGGUCUGCUGGGAUGGUCAUCGCGAUGUGCAGAGCCAACAUGUACCCAGAGACUGCUGGUAGGUAGUGAUAAUAAU